CACCCGGUUAAUCUGUCACACUGAAAGUUCAAACCGUGAUAGUACACUUCAAGUGCCUGAGCAGAAUGUCCCUUUUGAAAAGAGCCUUCCAGCGUCGCAGCACGCUAGUUCCAAACUCAGGUUCACCAACCUUUCGCGGUGGCCGCGACCCUGGGCCAAAUGACGUGUUCAUUGCUGUGAUGGGUGUCACGGGGUCAGGCAAGAGCUCUUUUAUCUCGAAGUGUUCUGGUCAACCCGUCAAAAUUGGUCAUUCCUUAGAAGCAUGCACAUCUACCGUUGGAGUCUAUGCAUACGAGCUGGCGCCUGACUGCACAGUCUAUCUCAUCGAUACACCUGGGUUUGAUGAUACCAAUAAGAAUGACACUGAGGUUCUCAGAGAGAUUGCUAUGUGGCUUGGGGCGUCUUAUAGAGACGGCAUUCUACUCAGUGGGAUCAUAUACCUCCAUCGUGUUACUGACGUCCGCAUGCAAGGCUCCGCUAUCAGGAAUUUGCUCAUGUUCAAGCAGUUGUGUGGUCGGGAUGCCCUUAAGAAGGUUAUUCUUGUCACAACCAUGUGGGAUAGGGUCUUGAGUGAAGAAGGCAACAAUCGCGAGAAAGAAUUGAAAGAAACGCCGGAUUUCUGGGGGAAGAUGUUGAUCAAUGGUAGUUCCUGUCAUCGUUACCACAACACGGAGGCCUCGGCAAGAGAUAUUGUCCACCGCCUGGCCAACCACAACGCACAGGUAACCCUGGACCUGCAGAGACAGCUGGUGGUCGAGCAACGCACGCUAGAUCAGACCUCGGCCGGCCGGGAACUGCAGGGCGAGUUGCUCAAGGAGAAGACGAAGUGGGCCAAGGAGCGUCGACAGAUCGAGGAGCAGAUGAAAGAGGCAAUAAAACAACGGGAUCGCGAGGCUGAGAAGAUUAUGCGUGAAGAGCGUGAUAAGUACACACGCAUGAUCAAGAAGGUGGAGAACGAUACGGGCACUCUUCGCUAUAACAUGGAAAAUCUCCUUGCCGAACGCGAUCAGCGCGUCGCCCGGAUGGAGAAGCAGAUACAGAAACAAGAAGCUGCCCACGAGGACGAGUUAAGACGACUAAAUGACAGACAGCUGCGGCUCGAAAGGGAGAAAGUGGAGCUGGAGAAAAAAAGAGAGCAAGAGGAUCAGGCUCGGCGUCAGCGUGAGAAGCAAUCUCCACAACAGCCGACCAGACAGGUUCAAAAUCGUAAGCCGACGAACACCUCAUUCUGCCCCCCGUAUUCGGUGGCGAUGCGUGGAAAUCAAUAUGUUUGCUCGAGUAAGAAACAACUGCAGAGGAACGUCACUUACCCGAGCAAUCGGGCUGGCUCGGCGUGGCUAGAAUUCGUCACCCUUGGGACAGAUGGGACGUGGAUCGCUCGCUAUAGUAACGAUUCUUGGUAUAAAAGCUUAGAUAUCGCCCCGGAAUACCCACACCUCAGCGCAAAGAUCGGCUCUCACGGACUUAACAACCUAGAACUUUGUGCUCUUGGACCCGGUCAGACCUAUUUCGCACGGUGGAGAGACAGCACUACUAGUUGGUGGGCGUCAGAAGAUGCCCGCAAUGCUCUGAGCAAAGCCGACAACAAUGCGAAUAAUACUAAAGUCUUCGCUAUGGCUUUUGGAUACGGAGGCUCCUAUAUCAUCUCCUAUGGAAGCGCUUCAAAAACGUUCCAAGAUGACCUGGGCUACAUUCCGAAGUUGAACGGCUGGUACCCGACGCUCAGCCGACUAAUUAACGAGAAUAAGAGUAUGACCAUACUCGCUAUUGCACUCAAUCCACACAAUACGACUGAUUAUAUCAUAAUUUGGAAGCUCAACGAUAACAGACACAGGAUGAAUUGGCUUUCUUCACACAACAAUGGAUUAGAAAGUAUUCGGUCAUGGUGGGAUAAGAGCUGAAAUGUCAGUUGCUAUGUAUUAUAAUUCACUCCUAGGCAUCGGUAGCGAGUCAUCUCCGCAGCCUAGAGGUUGUACUGAUCCACGCUGGCAGGAGAUGCUACUUAUGGGAAGCCCAAUAUACUGCACUCCAAUCCUCUCUCUCUGAGUUGCUUAUACUUUACUCAUAUUAUAAACUCAAUAAAAGUUCAGUUACACGCCGGAAA